AGGCGCACAGCUCCUUCUGGGCAGUAUGGCGGAGGCAGUACCUCCUCAACCUAAGAGAAAGCGCGAACAGGCUGCAGAGGAUGUGGAAGCCCCCAGCACAGAAGAAAAAGAAGCAGGUGUUGGAAAUGGCACUUCUACCCCAGUCUGCUUACCGUUCUCUGGCUUUCGGGUGCAGAAAGUACUGAGGGAGUCUGCGCGGGACAAAAUCAUUUUCCUACACGGGAAGGUGAAUGAGGACUCUGGGCUUGGGGAUGGUGAGGAUGCCGUUGUGAUCCUGGAGAAGACACCGUUUCAGGUGGAGCAGGUGGGCCAGCUCCUGAGCGGCAGCCCUGAGCUCCAGUUGCAGUUCUCCAACGACAUCUACAGCACCUACCACCUCUUCCCUCCAAGGCAACUGAGCGAGGUAAAGACAACGGUGGUGUACCCCGCCACGGAGAAACACCUGCAGAAGUACCUGCACCAGGACCUCCGCCUGAUCCGAGAGACAGGAGAGGACUACAGGAAUGUUACCUUACCCCACCUGGAGUCCCAGAGCCUCAGCAUCCAGUGGGUGUAUAACAUUCUUGACAAGAAGGCUGAAGCUGACCGGAUUGUUUAUGAGAACCCAGAUCCUUCUGAUGGCUUUGUCCUCAUCCCUGACCUCAAGUGGAACCAACAGCAGCUUGAUGACCUGUACUUGAUCGCCAUCUGCCAUCGCCGGGGAAUCAGAUCACUUCGGGACCUUACUCCAGAACACCUGCCGCUGCUCAGGAACAUCCUCCGGGAAGGGCAGGAAGCCAUCCUCCAGCGCUACCAGAUGCCGGGAGACCGCCUCCGAGUGUACCUGCACUACCUGCCGUCCUACUACCACCUGCAUGUGCACUUCACCGCCCUGGGCUUUGAGGCCCCUGGCGCGGGCGUGGAGCGAGCCCACCUGCUGGCCGAGGUGAUCGAGAACCUGGAGUGUGACCCUACGCACUACCAACGGCGCACUCUCACCUUCGCCCUCAGGGCUGCUGACCCCCUGCUCAGGCUCCUGCAGGAGGCCCAGCGGCCCUGAAUGUGCACAAAGAGAAGGCACAGAUGCACAGCCUUUGGGGCAGUGUGGGUUGGGUUUUUAUCUCCAACGUAGUUUUUUACAAAUACAUUUUGUACUGGUUUAUUCCUCAUAUGUCAAUAAAGUAUUGGGCUCGCGGA